GGGCUCUGGGUGACGGUUGGCAGAUGUUGGAGAGCGCGAGGCCGCCGUCGGCAACGGCCGGGAGGGGGUGGCGAGGUGAGGUACCAUGUCGGUGUCGGUUCAAAUCGGGAGGCGGAGAGGAGAGCGGAGGCCGAGCACCAUCGGAUGACAGAGAAGGACGGCCUGCCACCUCAUACCCAUAUCCUUCCCUCCAGGAAACGGAUAUCCUCCCCUUGGCCUGCUGCACCUUCCAUCCGCUUUCUUCCGGGAGCCGUCCUCCCCGCCAGUCCCCGGCCCGGAGUCUGCGACCCUCGGUCUAAAUUGUUGCGGCCGCGCCGGCUGGCAAUGGUCCCGUGUAGGAUCGCAGUGUGCCUGAAACUAGGCUGCUGAGAGUGCGGCCGAUCUGUAUACGGUAACAGGGAGCUCGUUCCCCUCACAGCCAGCCGGUCUGUAUUGUGUGUAGUUUGUUAUUGUCAGCAGCAGCUCCGCUGUCGGUCACGGAACGGGCAUCGCCGCUUCCUCGACGGUCAACAUGAGGUUCCGCAUUUACAAGAGGAAAGUGCUGCUGCUGGCUCUCGUCAUGCUGCUCGCCGCCUUCGUCUUGUGGACCGGCGGAAAGCAGAGGAAAAACGAAGCUUUUCCGAGGGAAGACCAAACUUCACGGAGCAGCGGGAAAGCGGGCGCCGGGAACCCGACCAGGAAAGUUUCCAACGAGUCGCAGGCGAGCAAGUUCGAAAAGCCUGAGGUCGACAACCUGACCCUGGUGUACCGCGGCAUCGUUUUCCAGCUGAACUUUGACCAGACCAUCAGAAACCAGGAGACCGCUAAGUCUCGAUCCCCCAAUGAUUUAGUGGUGGUGGUCCAAGUGCACAACAGACCGGAAUACCUGCAGAUCCUCGUCAAUUCGCUCAGAAAAGCCAAAGGAAUAGAGAACGUUCUGCUGAUCUUCAGCCACGACUUCUGGUCCCCGCAGAUCAACCAGAUCGUAGCUAGCGUCGAUUUUUGCCAAGUGUUACAAAUAUUUUUUCCAUUCAGUAUCCAGUUGUAUCCCAACGAAUUCCCUGGACACGAUCCCAGAGAUUGCCCUCGUGACAUAAGCAAAGCGAAUGCUUUCAAGCUGGGCUGUAUCAAUGCUGAGUAUCAAGAUUCAUUUGGCCAUUAUCGAGAAUCCAAAUUUUGUCAGACCAAACAUCACUGGUGGUGGAAGUUGCAUUUUGUUUGGGAAAGAGUAAAAGUUUUGGAAGAUCAUAAGGGGUUAGUGCUUUUCAUUGAAGAGGACCAUUAUUUAUCACCUGAUUUCUAUCAUGUCAUGAAAAAUAUGUGGCAUCUGAAGACUGAAAGUUGCCCUGAUUGUGACAUAUUGACCCUUGGUACAUAUACACGUGUCAGUGAUUUCACAGAUAAAGCAAGUAAAGUGGAAGUGAAAACCUGGCGAUCAACAGAACAUAACAUGGGCAUGGCUAUGACUAGAGAGACAUAUCAAAAACUGAUAGAGUGCACAGAUGCUUUCUGUGAAUAUGAUGACUACAACUGGGACUGGACAUUACAGUAUUUAACCGUAUCCUGUCUGCCUCGGUAUUGGAAAGUUAUGGUCUGUGAGGCUCCUCGUAUUUUCCAUGCUGGUGAUUGUGGCAUGCAUCACAAGAAAGCUUGCAUGCCAUCUGCUGAAGUUGCUAAAAUUGACAAGAUUAUAAGUAGCAACGUACAGCACUUGUUUCCAGAAACAAUGGCAAUAAGUGAAAUAUAUCCUUUGGCUGCAAUUGGCCCACAUGUGAAGAAUGGAGGUUGGGGAGAUAUUAGGGACCAUGAACUUUGUGCAAGUUACCGCCGGCUACAAUAAUUAUGUGAUAAAUCUCUAUAUAAGAUCA